ACCACGACAGUAUAAUGAAACAAUCACAAUAGUUAUUACUUUUAACUAAACUGUUACUGUAAACUUAACAAAUAUGUUAAAAAUAUAUGUUUUUCUGUGUUUCUUUGGAUUUGUUCUCGCGGAUCCAGAUCACGAGGGGCAAAUACAUUUUACGGUCGGUCAUUAUAAGGCAAGUGGACAUACUUACCUCACUUGUGAGGUAGAAAAAAAAGAAUAUACAGUCCACGAAGGGGAAAAAUACAAUAUUGUUGUACACUAUUGGAAUGAUUUUCAAAAAAAAUCUAAUUUUAUCAACGAUGUUACAUGUGAAAACAAAAAUAAACAACGAAUAGUUUUGGCUAAAGAAGUCAAUAAGUCAAUAUCAACUUUUACAGCUCAAACAGGGAUGCAUGAUAAUUGGAACUGCACGGUAUUCGCCCAUAAGAAUAUCAAUCAAUUUUUACCUCUUGUAAAACAUCCAGAUCCAAUAUACAUUAAUGAUACAUUUGCUGGGGCAUAUUGUUCUAUGAAAAUCAACGUCGCACGUCGUGAAAGCCCGCCACAAACGAUCCUCGUCAACAACAUGGUUUUGCCAACAAGUUUUAAUCAUCGAUUUGACGUAAGCUUCCUCUGGAGAGCCGAGUAUCGCUACGGGGACGGUGAUCUCAUCAAUGCAACGUGCGCCAACUUUCAGAAUACGGCCCCUGUUACAAUGAGCUACUUCUUUGCUGAUAACCUCAGUAACCUUUUCAACAGUUCAGCAGAAACGAAAAGUGUGGCUGCAGGUUUCAUUACAGAAAUGCAUCAUGAACACAACGGUACAGUCAUGACAUGUUCCUGUAAAGGUCAAGGUCAUACGCUUAUUGCUGUCAUGGUCACGUUCAUCUUAGGCAAUUUCAAAUAUAAUAAUCAAAUUGCAGUCAAAAUUAACGGGAAGUAUCUAAGAUAUUAUGUACCUGAUAACAAUUCUUUUUCUGAAUUAGAAUAUAAAUCCACGAGGGGUGAAUCGAUAACCGUUGUAUGUGAAAAAAAAGACCAGAAUACAGUAUUGCAAAUUCUGGAAGCGGAAAGUCUUAUCGGACACACGAGAAAAAAUUCGUCGAUGUCGUCGACAAUAUCAUUUGAGAGCAGCAAAAAUAUUGAUAAAAAGUUCAGGUGUGGCCUAGACUCGGAGAACAAGGGACAAAUUGUGUUAAUAGAACUAAAGUUUUCUAUUGGAGAAUUGCAAAUAAGUACAGAUCUUCACCCUAUAGAUGUGCAAUUAGAACCGAAAAGCACAGUCCUGGAGCUUUAUUACUACAGAAAACUUAGGGUCAUUUACUACGAUUUUGAAGUAGGACAAAGCUUAAAUGUUGUCUGCAAGAAGCUUUUCGAAAAAAACGUUGCAAUAAUGAAAUUAAAUUUAGAAUAUCCAGCUGAAAAUAUAGAUAAACUGUAUCCUCAAGAAGAAAGGAACAUUUCACAUUCAUUCGAAUUAAAUGAAAAGAAUGAAGCUACAAAUAUCUCUUGUCAGUUGAGAGAAAUGGCGGGAGGCGAUGAAUCUAAAUUAAUCAGAGAAAUCAAAAUUAUUCUUCGGGAGAAACAAAUAACCACUACGUCUACUACGACUACCACUUCUAUGCCGGUUGAUCCGCCACUGACAUACAAAAUUGUCGCUGUGGUUGUGAGCGUGGUGUCAAUAAUCAUUUGCGUUACCACCGCUGUCAUAAAGAUGAAGAAGAAAAGUCAGGUUCAGGGAGGUCCUCACAACCCCAACUACGAGAAUCUACAAAAUCCAAGAGACCCUACUAUCCCUGCUUACCCACCACAAUGGGACAACCAAUACGCAGUGCCAGUAGACCGAAGAUCUGAGAACACGACAUACAGUGUACCUUUCACUGAACCAGCGUAUGCCGAAGCUAUACCUAAAAGUCAAAGAAACAAAACACUAACGGAUCCAACGUAUGCCGUUUUGGACAUCAAAAAUCAACCUCAAAAGAACGUUUAUAAAGAAACUGAUGAUCCAAAUUAUUCUGAAGUUUACGCUACUAGGAAAGAACAGUGUUACGCUGAAGUAUUGCCUAAAGUACUUAGAGAUAAAUUUAAAAAGGAUAAUAAUCCCUAUGUGAAUGUCGGGAACGAAUCUCCUUAUGCCAAUGCGGGUGAACCUAUGUACUGCGAACCUAAUGUGUCAAGGGAUAAUGGUACUUAUGCUAAUGUUAAUAAUGAACGUUAUGCUAAUAGCCGACCUAAUGAGUAUGUAGAACCAACUUAUUGUGAGCCACCUAAGCCUAUGGCGAGAGGAAAGAAAAAUAAACGUUAAAAAAUAAAAUUUACAUUUGUAAGUUUGGCCAGUUUUACUGGUUACUGAUAAAGUCUCUGAUAGCUUGUCAGGAACUUU